AAUGAAUUUCUAAGAGUUUCAAAAAAAACAUUCUAGAAGCAAAAGCUUAGCUUUACCAAAGAUAGAAUCUACAAAAAAAACAGAGCCAUUUCCUAAAACAAAGAAAAAAGAGGAUUAGAAUUUUGAUAAACAAAGGAAAAUUAUUUAUUGUUCCUAUCAAAGAGAUCUGAAAUAAGUAUGCUCAUAUAUAAUCAGAUGAAACGAUCCUUUGAAAUUGCCUCUAAACUAAAUUAAGAUGAUCAAAGGAUCUUGAAGUAGAAAACAUUAGACAUUAAACCAAAAUAAAAAGUAAACCAUAAACAAGAUGACAAUACAUUUCUAACAUAUGUUUGA